AUGGCUACGAAACCAGGGAUUCUAACUGACUGGCCAUGGAAGAACCUUGGAAACUUCAAGUAUGUGAUAUUGGCACCAUUUGUGGUUCACAGCUUCUACUCAUUUUUUGUGACAAAUAAGGAGACUCGAGACAUGACAAAUUUACUCAUUUUUCCAUUCUUACUCUCGAGGAUUAUUCAUAACCUGAUUUGGAUAUCAUUUUCUCGCCAUCGAACCGCCAAGGCUACCAACCGGAUUCUUCAUAGGAGCAUUGAGUUUGAUCAAGUUGAUCGGGAAAGCAAUUGGGAUGACCAGAUUCUUCUAACUGGAAUUAUGUUCUAUCUAGUGCAUAUGAUGGUCCAUCAAGCAUCUCAUCUGCCACUAUGGAAUACAAAUGGUUUAGUCCUCACAAUAUUUCUUCACAUGGGUCCUGUUGAAUUCCUCUAUUAUUGGCUCCAUAGGGCUCUUCAUUAUCAUUUUCUCUAUUCGCGAUACCAUUCUCAUCACCAUUCGUCCAUCGUCACCGAGCCCAUUACAUCCGUUAUUCACCCCUUUAUUGAGGAGGUAUCAUAUUUCUUGCUAUUUGCAAUACCUAUGAUGGGUACCGUUCUCAUGGGAAUAGGGUCUAUCACGGGUUUGUUUGGUUACAUCACUUACAUUGACUUCAUGAAUAACAUGGGUCAUUGCAAUUUUGAGUUCAUUCCAAAAUGGCUCUUCUCGGUUCUACCCCCUCUUAAGUACCUCAUGUAUACUCCCUCGUUUCAUUCACUACAUCACACUCAAUUCAGGACUAACUAUUCACUUUACAUGCCCAUCUACGAUUACAUCUAUGGUACUAUGGACCCGUCCUCUGACUCGUUACAAGAGAAAUCUUUAGCGGGGAAGGAAGAAUCGCCUGAUGUGGUACACCUUACGCAUCUGACUACGCCCGAAUCCAUCUACCACCUCCGGCUAGGGUUUGCGUCUUUGGCAUCAAUGCCUUUAGAAGGAACAAGAUGGUACCAUUGGUUUUUGUGGCCUAUCACAUGUUGGUCAAUGUUGAUAACUUGUAUCUAUGGUCAUACCUUCAUUGUGGAAACAAAUGUCCUUGAUAAGCUUAAAUUACAUUCUUGGACAAUACCAAGAUACAACAUGCAAUACUACUUUCAAUGGCAAAAACAAGCGAUCAACAAUUUAAUCGAAGAGGCCAUAUUGGAAGCGGAGGCGAAUGGUGUCAAAGUUAUGAGUCUAGGCCUUCUAAACCAGGGAGAUGAACUCAAUAACCAUGGAGAGCUCUAUAUAAGGAGGAACCCUAAACUUAACAUAAAAGUUGUGGAUGGAAGUAGUUUAAUGGUGGCUAUUGUACUUAAUAGCAUUCCCAAAGGAACAAGACAAGUCCUACUCAUAGGAAAACUCAACAAAGUGGCUUAUUCCCUUGCCUCUAUCUUACUCCAAAAGGGCAUCCAAGUGGCCUUGUCAUACGAGGAUGAUUAUGAAAAGAUUAAGCUUAGGACCAAAUUCUCAGAAAAUCUCCUAUUUUCAAGGACCUACUCUCAAAUGGUAUGGUUAGUAGGAGAUGGACAAAAUGAAAAAGAGCAAUUUAAGGCAAAAAAAGGAACAUUAUUUAUCCCUUUUUCUCAAUUCCCACCAAAGAAUUUGCGCGAUAAAGAUUGUUUCUACCGUACCACCCCAUCAAUGACGGCUCCCUCUACACUAAAAAACGUUCACUCUUGUGAGAAUUGGCUGCCGAGGAGGGUUAUGAGCGCUACUAGGGUUACAGGCAUAGUUCAUGCUCUCGAAGGGUGGAAAAAACACGAGUGUGGUGACUCAAUGCUCGAUGUUAAAGAGGUUUGGGAGGCCAGUCUUCGCCAUGGAUUCCGCCCUGUUUCUUAAACGGGUUGACCCGCAAAAAAUCUACUAAAUCUAAAGGUUGUUUAAUUAUGGUCAUGAGUUUGGUUUUAAGGCAUGUGUAUUAUUAUUUAAAUGUUUAAAACUGUAAUGUGAACUGCUUAAC